UUUCAUAUUACAUUUCGUUUCGUGAUUUGUCACAAAAAAAAAAUUUAUUACGUUUAUUUAAUGCAGCGUAAUCCGGAAUAUCGGACAUUGUAGAUUUUUCCAUGGAUUUGAAUCCUGAAAACAUAUCAUUGUGUGUGAUCAAAAUCGAAACGGACCUGGAGACCAGUGCAGAUUCAGAAGGUGCCGUUUCCUCCGAACACCCCACCAAUCCACGCUUCCUUAAGGAACGGGAACGCGAUCGCGGACUGCGUCAGGCCCGCGACAUAACCAUCGAGACGUACAUCAACCAGCGCUGGUCCAGGGAACUGAGUGCUGACAAGAACACGGAUACGGAGGGCAAUAGGAUGAACUGGGCAGCAGCCCUGCAGCAUGUGAACAGCCCAUCGGCGGGCAGCUCUCGAGAAACCACUCCCCGCAACGGUGAUGAGACUGGUGGACCUCAAAAGACAUCCUCAAAGUUUCCAUUAGAGAUUGGCUACUUUUCGGGGAAUCCCAUUGUUGAGGUGACUAAGGGCCUCAUCCAUCUGUACAAGAAGAACGAACGCAAGGCCAUCAAGGAGGCGCCCUCGAAUCAACUCUGUCUGCUGGCCGUUCCAGCCACUCUCAACUGUCACGAUCUGCUUAACUUCAUCGCCCCUUGUCAUGCUGAGAUCAAGCAUGUCCAAAUCGUGCGUGAUGGCAGUCCCAAUCAGUUUAUGGUAUUGCUAGAAUUCCGUUCGAAUGAAUCGGCUUUGGAGUUCUACAAGUCCUACAACGGCAUCGCCUAUAACUCCCUCGAACCAGACUCGCUAUGUCACGCGGUUUGGGUUUCCGCAGUGGAGCGAGGUGAAAACGGAGUGCCCCCAUUAGGUCACACGGAGCUUCCCACCUGCCCCGUGUGCCUGGAGCGCAUGGACGAGAGCGUGGACGGUGUGCUGACCAUUCUGUGCAACCACGCCUUUCACGCCAGCUGUCUGAUGAAGUGGGGUGACUCCACUUGUCCGGUAUGCCGUCAUGUACAAACACCAGAGCUCAUCGAGGAUUCGGUUUGCAUGGAGUGCGAGGGCACCGACUCCCUGUGGAUCUGUCUAAUCUGUGGCCAUGUCGGCUGCGGCCGCUACCAAGGAGGACAUGCUGCGGCCCAUUAUAGAGCUACCAAUCACACUUUUGCCAUGCAAUUAGGCACCUCAAGCGUAUGGGACUAUGCUGGCGACAAUUUCGUCCACCGCCUCUUUCAAAACAAGUCCGAUGGCAAGCUGGUUGCUUCGCAAACGGAAAAAGAUGAACGUGAGGAGAAAAUUGAUUCGAUGCAAAUGGAGUUCACCUAUCUGCUGACCUCCCAACUUGAUACCCAGCGUAAGUACUAUGAGGAGCGUAUGGAACGUCUCGAGCAGGAGUGGCAAAACUUUCAAACGAAAGCCAAUGAAACCAAGUCGGAGAUGACAGAACUACAGCAGCUCCAGCAGAACAUGCUAAAGGAGAAACAAAAUUUAGAGCGGAAGCUGGCCCAACACACUGCCAAACUCAAGGAAGUACAAAAACAGCUGAACGAAGAACGCGAGCUGUGCAAAGCCCUGCAGGGAAACCAGAUCUCUUGGCACAGCAAGUAUAAAGUUCUUGAGAAGCAAUACAACGACUUCAAACAAAACCAUGAUGCCGAAGUCACCGACCUAAAGGAGCAGCUUCGCGAUGUGAUGUUUUUCCUGGACAAUCAGCAAAAGAUGGCUAACUCGGAACUGGCCGGAGCAUCCAUAACAGGAAUCGGCGGAAAAGAUCCGGAGCCGAGCUCCAGGCGUGGCAAUCGUCGGAAGAAAUAGAUUCACCAUAAUAAUAGAUACCAGAUACACCCGUUGAAAGAAAUUAGUGUAUGGCCGAUAAGAGUUACAAAGUUCAUUAAUCAAUUUGUGAAGGUUUGAAAACCGAAUACAUUUAAUUAACAGCUCUAUAUGUGAUUUCCUUUGUGAAGAAAAGCCGAAGAAUACAAUACUUCUAAUGUUCACUACUAUUAAGCAUACAUAUUUUAAAAAGUUCUUUGUGUUUGUAUUUCAAGCUAAUAAAUAGAUUAUGGAGUAA